AUGGCGACAAUUCAUAUCGUGCGACACGGACAAGCUCUGCACAACGUUGAUCGGGGUCACCCCCAUCGAGAUCCCCCUCUGACUGAAGUCGGAUCUCAACAAGCCAGUACCGUCUGCCUGCCAGCUCAGCCUGACCUUAUAAUCGUGUCUCCAAUGACUCGUACCAUUCAAACAGCUCUUAUUAUUUUCGACCAAUAUCUCAGCAGCUCUUCCACCAAUGUCGAGCUCCAGGUCUGGCCGGAACUGCGCGAAACCCACGAUGAGGCCAUUUGCAAUAAAGGGGUGUCGCGCGCCGAAAUUGCAACCAAAUUCGCACAGUUCGACUUCUCCUCCUGUCACGAAGAGUGGGAUUACCCGCCUCAUAGUUCCGAAGGCGCUGUCGUGCGUGCUGAGACAGUUCGGAGGCGCCUCAAAGAACUAUCUCGUUCUUACAAAAACAUCUUCUUGGUGACGCAUCGUGGCUUUAUUGCGUUCUUGGUUAAGGGCGAGAGGUUUGAUGUUUGCGCCCCUAACAGGCUCUACGUCUGGGCGAUUCAUGGCUAA